AUGGACAAUACGCUACGUCAGCCAAAGAAGCGGUUCGUCGGCAGACGUACUGCCGAUGCACAGGCCCAGUCUAAUCCAACUGCUGGAGAUGUCGAGUCCACAGCUGUUGAAAAAGCUCCGCCACGCCGAACCCCGAGAACUCUGAAUCAGGUUCCUCCGGAAAUCUUGAAUGACCCCGACAUUCAAGCCGCGAUCGAAUUACUUCCUUCAAACUACUCCUUUGAGAUCCCCAAAACCAUCCACCGUGUUCGUUCAUCCGAAGCCAAGCGUGUGGCUCUACAGUUCCCCGAGGGUCUAUUAAUCUUUGCUACAACAAUUUCCGAUAUUCUCCAGCAAUUCUGCCCCGGUAUUGAAACCUUGAUCAUGGGUGACGUUACCUACGGCGCUUGUUGCAUUGAUGAUUAUACAGCCCGCGCUUUGGGCUGCGACCUGCUCGUUCACUACGCGCACAGUUGCUUGAUUCCUGUGGACGUCACCAAAAUCAAGACCUUAUACAUCUUCGUUGAUAUCAGUAUCGAUACCACCCACCUAAUUGCCACCCUGGAACGCAAUUUCAAGCCCGGUCAAGCCAUCGCCACAGUUGGCACUAUUCAAUUCAACGCUACUCUUCACGGUCUCAAGCCUGUCCUCGAGCGUGCGGGAUUCCGUGUCAUCGUCCCACAAAUCAUGCCACUCUCCAAGGGCGAGAUCCUUGGCUGUACAUCCCCACAGCUAUCCGAGUCCGAAAUUGAUGUCAUUCUCUAUCUUGGAGAUGGCCGAUUCCAUCUUGAAUCCGCUAUGAUCCAUAACCCGACCAUUCCCGCAUACCGAUACGACCCUUACUCGCGCACCUUGACGCGAGAGAGCUAUGACCACGAGGAGAUGCAUACAAUUCGACGUGAUGCAAUCGCGACCGCAAAAUCUGCUAAGAAAUGGGGAAUCAUUCUUGGUUCCCUCGGCCGUCAAGGAAAUCCCAACACUAUGGCAAUGAUCGAGCGUCAUCUGGCCGAGCGUGGUAUUCCCGUAGUCAACCUGCUUUUGAGUGAGAUCUUCCCGGGGAAAUUGGCAUCCAUGUCAGAUGUGGAAUGUUGGGUGCAGAUUGCUUGUCCUCGACUCAGUAUCGACUGGGGUUACGCAUUUUCCCGUCCCUUGCUCACGCCUUAUGAGGCACUUAUAGCUCUUGGGGUUCGUGAAAACUGGGAUAAGGAAAACAAGGGAGUGUACCCCAUGGACUUCUACGCCAAGGAGGGAUUGGGCCGGACAAAGCCCGAGCAGGCCAUUCGUGGUACAGCUUAA